UGUUUGUCCGGUGAGGAUGAACUCGUCCUCCUCUCAGAACUCCUCUGAGGAGACCCAGUGGAACCCGUGCCCCUCAUCUACUCACGGAAUCCGGCUCUUCUUCGCCGUGGAGGCCAUCAACCUCGUGUUCGGCCUACCAGUGAACGCCUGGACAGUCUGGUUGAUCGGCCACAGCUCUCAGUCCAUCAAAGCCUCGGAGGUGUUUACUCUGAACCUGGCGUUACUGGAGUGUGUCUACAUCUUGCUCUCGUUCCUGCGACCGCUCAACUACUACUUCAUCAAAAGUACCUCUCUGAAUACGUUCAACCUCUUCUUCUAUGGUCUGCUCAGCGCAGGACGACCUCUGUUUCAGGCGUGUGUGUGUGUGGAGCGGUACCUGGGAGUAGUUCAUCCUGUCACCUACCUGAGACGCAGCUCCGUGCGGACUCGUCUCUUUGCCCUCCCUCUGGUUUGGACUUUGACUUUCUUCUUCUGCGUUUGUAACAUCUUGAAGUUUGUCUUCGCCUUCCCGAUCCUCUUCCUGCUGCUGUUGCUGCUGCAGGGUUUCUGCUGCGUCCACAUCCUGCAGGUUCUGCGUCAGCCCGGUCCAGGUGAUGGCAGCAAACAGGACGUUGAUCCAGCCAAGAAAAAGGCCUUUGUCACAGUUCUGGUCAUACAGGUGAUGAUGGUGUUGAACUACCUGCCGGUGGUGCUGGCGGUGCCACUGAGAGGUCGGCUGUCCCGGCACGUUUACCUGUGUCAGCUGUUUCCUGCUUCUCUCUCCUUCUCUGUGUUCGGCAGCUUCGUCCAGCCCCUCGUGUACCUGCUGAGGAGGGGGAAGUCACCCACCAACAGUUAACCUCACAACCUCAAGACCCCGUAGACAGUCAUUUGAUCUGUUUAGUCUCAACAUCUUGAUAUGUAAUCUACAGAAGCUAAAACACAUUGAUAUUAAGUGAUAUUAUAAUCAGAACAUUCUGCUGGAACAACACCGGCUCUUGGAAAAUUUAAAUGAAUAAAGAUAUUAAUAACUUCAGUGGUUUGGCAUCAUGCAAAC